GUGGUGACGACGAGGCACGGACGUUUGGCGUUGUGCCUCGCGAGCAGUGAGCUCUCUCCACGCGGAGGUUGGCGGGCCUGUGUCUUGCCUGUUCUCACCGCGUUCCUGCUGCACCCCAAGUCGCUUUGUGCCUCCUCUUGUGUGUUCGACAAGCCGCAGACGCCCCGCAUACCCAACCAUGUCGCUAUUCGGAGAGUCCCCGCCGCCAACGCCCGCCGCACGGCAGAACAAGUCGUCGCUGUUUGACGACGACGAGCAAGCGGCUGCUCGCAGCACCUCGGCCAACUCGGGCCUGUUCGCAGAGACGGCCAACGCCGACGACGGCCAAUCGCCUUGGGACUUUCCUGCUCCCAAGAAGCACAACAGCACUCGCCAGAGGGGAGACUUGAUCAAGACGCUGCUGCCAGCCAGUGACGUGCCUGAACGCUAUGUCGAUCUCUUCGAUGCUUUGCUGUCGCAGAGCAGCGGUCAGGGUGGAGUAACCGUCCGACAGAUCAAGAGCUUGCUGUCCGGCAGCGGCGUCGGACAACCUGAGCAGAACAAGAUUCUCGAGCUCCUCGGCGCGACCGACGACGACUCGCGUGUGCUGGGUCGCGGCGAGGUCAACGUCGUUCUGGCCCUGAUCGGUCUGGCACAAGAAGGUGAAGAGCUGGGUCUGGAUGCUGUCGAUGAGCGCAGAAGACAAUUGCCAGUACCCAACCUGCCAUCUCUGACCGCUCCUCCCAAGCAAGACCAGAAGCCCCCACGAACACCUACCGGUCCUCCUCCCCAGGCAGACUCUGGUGCCACGCAAUCUCAGAACCUCGAAACUCCUGGCUUCGGCUUUGGUGACGACCCCUGGGGAAGUCCCUCACUGCACAAGAACCACCAUCAUGAAGCAGCUGCUGCACCUACCUACGCUCAGGCCGCUGCCCCAUCCUACCCGAACGGCAACGUCAAUGGUCGCGCUGACCCGCCCCACGUACGAACCACCAGCAAUUUCACCACCACGUCCGCCACAGACAAAACCAACUCCUCCACUCCCGAUGCCUCCUCCUUUGAACCAUCGCGACCGACAACAGCUGAAAGUGGCUGGGGCGGUUACUCUGCGUCAAACGACGGCUUCAACGCUGCCCCCGGCAACGAGGGCUUCGGCGAACCAGAGAACGAUACAAACGGCAUUUCUGGCAGCACAAGGAGGCCUCUCGGCGUGACCAGGCCAAGUGGCGCGACUGGUCCUGAGGAAAUCAUAACCGUCAACGUCCUUGAAGAGAAGGAAGGCAUGUUCAUGUUCCAACACCGCAACUACGAGGUGUCCAGCAUCAGGAGGAACAGCCGUGUCAUUCGUCGUUACAGUGACUUUGUCUGGCUGCUGGACUGCUUACAUAAAAAGUUCCCAUUCAGACAGCUACCACUUUUACCACCCAAGCGUGUUGGUAUCAACGGCAAGCAUAUUGCUGCAGACAACCUUUUUAUCGAGAAGCGAAGGAGAGGUUUGGCGCGCUUUGCGAAUGCGCUCGUACGACACCCUGUACUGAGUCAAGACCAGCUCGUCAUCAUGUUCUUGACUGUCCCUACGGUAGACGAACUUGCUGUAUGGCGCAAGCAAGCCUCCAUCUCCGUUCAAGAAGAAUUCACUGGCAAAUCCCUACCUCCUGGUCUCGAAGACUCUCUGCCUCAAAACCUUGCGAACCUCUUUGACACGGUCCGAAAUGGAGUCCGCCGUUCGACUGAAGUUUACAUCAACAUGUGUGGCAUGGUCGAGCGACUUAUUAAGCGUAACGAAGGCCUUGCAAGCGAAUACGUUCGUCUUUCAAUGGCUCUCGGCAGCUUGACCGAAUGCUCUGCGGACACUUACGCCAUUGACACCAACGAGGUUGAGCUCCUCAAUGGUGGUCUUGAUGGCACCGCCAAGCACUUGUCUACCAAUCAAACUCUUCUCGAAGACGAAGCCAGAGCUUGGGAUUUCGGUGUUUUGGAAGACCUCAAGCGCCAGCGCGAUGUUCUUGUCAGCAUGCGAGACUUGUUCGACCGCCGUGAUCGUUAUGCACGCGAUAACAUCCCGCAAUUGGAACGCCGCAUCGCUGCCAACGAAAGCAAGUUGGCUGGCAUUCGCGCACGGCAGGAGUCGCAAAUCAAGCCAGGUGAAGCCGAGAAGGUUGAGAGUGCAAUUGUUAAGGACAAACAAUCGAUUGUCGACCAGCAUGCUCGCGGAGUCUUUAUCAAGGAGUGCGUUCGAGAUGAGAUUGUCCACUUCCAGUCAUCGCAAUACCACAUAAGCAGAAUGCAUCAGGAGUGGAGCCAAGAGCGUGUCAAGUAUGCAGAGUUGGGAGCGGAGAACUGGAAGUCAUUGAGCGAGGAGCUUGAAGCCAUGCCUCUUGGUGAUUGAGAUGCAUGUGACAAACUUUUGUAAUAUACCAUAUCCCACUACUGUAAUACUUGAUUUAUCGGUGCCCAGCAUCAUGCAGGAUCGUCACUCGCACCUUCUCUAUGAUGUGACAAUAGCUUGAAUUACAUGCACGGGCCCCUGACUGGAUUGGAGCCUGUUCCGUCAUCCUGUUCCGUCCUGUGAAUUUACAACUGCUGCCGGGUAUUGUUCUGAUGGCUCAAUGAAUAGAGUAUUGCCCGUCUCUUUCAUUCGACCAGCAGACACAAGCUGGCAAUACCUCCAGCCUACCAGAUCGUUCCCCUCGCAUCCGUACAUACUUUUCAGGAGCAAGAUAUAGCAAUCGCUACCAACAAUCACCUUCCAUUCAAACUCGAGUGACAGGCAAA